GGUAAUGCUGCCUUGUGCUCGCAUCGGAAGCUGCUGUUCUUUGUAAUGUGCGGCUUCAGCUAGCGACGCCGGCUAUGAUAUUUUUGUUUGCUUUUCACAUGUUGGUGUUUUAGAUGCAUCGUGCCAUUCGACAGAGUACAAGGAUACAAGACUGGAAAGUUAUUCACUGCUGCUGAAACAUGCUAGCCGAUGUGGUUGUAGGCUUUUACUGUCCUAGGGACUUUCUAAAUGGGACCUUACCGUGAAAGAUAUAUGCCACGGAAUCCACCGUUCCGCAAGCAUGCUACUCUAAGAAACUGCAGGAACAGACACUGUAUAGUUGGAUGACAGUAGAUCGUAACGAUAAAAAAAUUGUUGGAUGUGAAUGAUGCAGCAACCUUAUCUCGAUAAUGCAAGCACUGCAAGUUUUUCCCCAACUGGUAAAGCGUUAGAAGAACAAAGUCAAGGUGUACUUGACGAACUCAUUGACGACGUUAUACUCGGCACAUGCUUUGAGGUGCAUAGAUCUGUGAAACUUGGCAUCUUUUUCUUGGAUGAAGCAAAAGACGACGAGAAAAAAUAUGAAAUUGUGGAUGAGCUGGGCCUCGAUGUGUUUGGACAAGUGCCACUCAAGAAACAAUACGAAUGUGUGUGCCCAAACUGUCAAAGAAAUCUGGCUGCAUCUCGUUUCGCACCACACCUGGAGAAAUGUAUGGGCAUGGGGCGGAACAGUUCUAGGAUUGCUAGUAAAAGAAUUGCGAAUAGUGGCAAAGCAGAAAGUGAUGUCGAUGACUAUGAUAAUGAUAGUGACUGGAACUACACAUCGGACAGGAAGUCUACUUCUAAGAAAAGGAAGGACAAACAUUCCUCAAGGAGGAUAAAGGGAAAACCUAAAAAUGGUGAUCAGCAAAACAGCUCAAGUGUUGUGGAAGGCACCAGCACCAUCACAAAUUAUGAGUCACUCUCAAUAGAGCAAAAACGAACCUUACUUGUUCAGAUGUGUGGUGUGAUCUCGGAGCACACGAAGAAGAUGUGUACGCGAUCUCAUCGUUGCCCACAACACACUGACGAACAGCGCAAGGCUGUCCGGGUUUUCCUGCUUGGCCAGAACAGCAAUAGCAUGCCAUCUGGAGAUCCUGGUGAUGAAAUGCACAUUGAUGUCGACACCUUUGACGAGUCAGACACCCACUCACUGCAGAUGUGGGAAAACGUUAGCUCAACCAACUCUUCUCCGGCUGAUGGCAGCUACCAAGGGAGCAACGGCUCAACAAGCAAAAAGAAAGAAAAGAGGCUUCCAACUUUAAGUGGUAAUCAUGGAGGUGCAGUGAAGAAGUCCAAGACAAAAUCCAGCAGCUCCAUUCCAAGCAUCAGCUCUGAGCACAGCACUAGCGAUGUGCUGUGACUCGUCCUUGGAAUCUUCCAAUUGGAACACCUCAGUGCCAAAUGGGCCAAAGUUCCUCACUCUGCAGUCACAAUGCUUCUGGAACUACCAACAGUACUGCACAGUGGCAAUCGAGCACUUCCUUGGUGGAUGGAGCAAGUCACCCUUUCUGCGCUGCAAGGCUGUGACACCUCCACAGUGCACAUCCCCACACUAACUCACAGGACCUGACAAUGUGUGGUCCAGUCGCUGUUUAGUUGUUCUGUGUCCCUGUACAUGUGUCUGUUUUAGUGUGUCUCCUGUACCGUAUGUCACAUAAUUCCAGUGAUACUCCAGAGCACUGUGGUCAAAACCACAGCAGCUGUUGUUUUCCUUUUUGUUUUGUUUUUUUACUGUGUCUAUUGGGGACCCCACGGGUGGUGAAGUCUCAGGUUUCCUUGCUGGGGGAGGCGAAUCAUGUUCGUUUCAUUGUCAGCCUGUGAUAUUUCGUGAGUGUAGAACUAAAUAACCUUCCAGCUUUAUAGGAGAAACGAUUAAGGCCACUGAUGUUGUGUCCCAUGCUAGGGUGAAAUUGUUUGAAUCUCUGUGUUGUCUAGCACGAUAAGCAGGCAAAGUGGUGCGUUUGCUCCUUGGGUGGUGGUCGGUCACCAAAGAACUCUGACUAUCUCGUUCCAGAGCAGAUGCCACAAAAUGCAAGGAACAGCCAGCCAGAACAGGCGUACAGGCUAUUCUAAACAUAGAGCCGUAACAUUAAAAAUGUUUUUUUUUUCCAGAACUCACUGCUGUAUAAAUGGCAUCUUCUAGUGAUGCACAAGGGCACACAGACUGUGACCUGUGAUAGUAUUUGCUCAUAGCCCUUACCUAUCACCAGGUGUAAUGAUAAACUGAAGGAUGUCCAUCAUAGGAAGUUGAAAAAAUAUGUUUUAAUUCCUGUGAACUGUGAUAGGUAAGCAAGGGCAUCUCUGUACUGUGUUGUGGGUAAUGGCAACUAGCAGAGCUUCUGUGUGGGAAAGUCCCAAAUUGGUUGAAAUGUCUAUUCUAGGAAUAGACACACGGCAGGAAGUACUGUAAAGUUCCGCUGUCAUGGCAGAAAAGAAAGUGAGAUAGCUUCUGGUGAGUUAUUUCUGAAAAAUAAAGAACAUUGCAUAAGCUGUC